AUGGAAGGCGAAUUCCCUCCGCCGCCGACGCAGCAGCAGCCGGCGUCUGGCGAGCAGCAGCACUUCCCUCCCCCUCCUCCGGGCCCGCCCCCGCAGCAACAGUAUCAGCAACAGCAACACCAGGACUCUGCUCCGCCGGCGUAUCAGCAGGGAAACUUUACUCCUCCGGCUUCCGAGAAACAGCAGGCUCCUCCCCCGGUAACUCAGCCUCAACAGGGAGAAUUUGCUUCAUCGGGGUCUGAGAAGGCGUUCCCUCCUCCGCCCCCCGGACCGCCUCCGUCUCAGGCUCAUCCCAACCCUCUCAACGCGCAUCCCGUACAAGGCACCGAGCAGACCUACCCCAUCCAUCCCGCACCGCCCGCCGAGAACUACACCAUCCCGCAGUACAAUCCCGCCGCCCCGGUGUUUGCUCCUCCCCCGACGAACGAGCCGUCCAAUUCGGCGCCACCGUUGACGCCCGUGCAGGAGGCGGUUCCGGAAUCUGUUCCAGCCCCGGCGCCCGCCGUUUCGGCUGCCACAUCGAACGAGGAACAUCAUCCCAAGAAACAUGGCUGGGGCGAGCGUUUCAGCAAUCUCGGCAUGAAGGCGGCUGGCCCAAUCAACAGCCUCGCACACAAGCUCGGCAGCCAGAGUUUCCUACCUGAGACUCUUGACAAAGAGUGUGACAAGGCGGCGUCUAUUCUCAGGACAUUCUGCAAGAAGGGAGUGUACGCCGACCCCACCUCGAGCGGGCCACCGACAUCGACCGAUCCCAAGGCCACUGAGACGAACGAUGCCAUUAUCGAUCCUACCAAGAACAAGCCUAAAAAUCGGGUACUUGUCACUAUCCCGCCCAAGGUCAUCUCCAAGGCAGUAGGUCUGGCCAUUUUCACUACUCUCCGCGCAGGCUUCAAUGUGUCUGGUGCGACGGGUUCGGGCAUCUUGAUUGCACGUCUUCCCGACGGAUCAUGGGGUCCUCCCUCUGGCAUCCAGGUGCAUUCCGUAGGCGGCGGCUUCUCCAUCGGCCUAGACAUUUACGACUGCGUAUGUGUCAUCAACAGCAAGGAAGCGCUCGCUGCCUUUACCAACACCCGCGUCGGCCUAGGCACUGACCUGGCCGUGGUCGCUGGACCGUAUGGAGCUGGAGGCGCCGUCGAGUUUGGCAAGGCGGUUGAGAACCGCGAAGGGAGAAAGGAGAAGGACAAGGACGGUGAAACGGCAGAGGCGUCGGACAAGCAGACGCUGAAGCCCGAGUCGGACAGCAAAAGCAAGCGUCGCAGCCUCAGCGCCAGCUCCUUCAAGCCCGUCUUCUCGUACGUCAAGUCCCGAGGCUUCUACGCGGGCAUCCAGAUCGACGGCACGGUGGUGGUCGAGCGCAAGGAGGCCAACGCCGCCUUCUACGGCAGCCGGGUAUCGGUCAACCAGAUCCUCAAGGGCGAGGUGCCACCGCAGGGCCCGUCGGGCAUGUGGCCAGCUGGGUCGCGGGUUCUCUUAGACACGCUCAAGGGAGCCGAGGCCGGGAUGCUGCGCGACAAGGACGGAAAGGAGCCCGCGGCCCCGGCAGCACCAUCGGGCCCGAGCACAGGGGCGCCGGGGAGCGGCACGGAGCAGCUCCCAGCGUAUGUCGACGAUGGAGUGCAACGGCCGGGGGUAGGAGACGUCAAGUACCGUUAG